AUGAUCGCCAGCAUCUUUGCUCUAUCCUUGUCGCCAGCCAUCCACCAAGCCCUUGGCCUUCCAACUGGCACGAACAUACUACCAAUCACGGCUUCUUUUGGGAUACCCACAUAUCUCGCAGCAUCCUUAUUCUACCCCACAAACCAACCCGAACCUACUCCUGAGCAAUCAAUCCGCUUCACGCGUAAAAACGACUUCUACCGCGCAGGUGUAAUCGCAACAUACGGUCGGCUGUUCGAUGCGCCGUACAACGUUACACGCUUCUUGAUGGAUGUACUAUUGAGUUACGGCGCCGACCAAGUCAUCGGCGAACGUGCUGUUGGCACGAAACAGCGGCGAUCAAAUUUUCUGGUUGCCUUGACGUGGAUUGUCGGUAGCAGAAUGGUCGCACUCUGUCUGGCGUUCGAUACACCUGUCCUGCAAAGACUCGUCGUCAUGGUGGAUCGAACGCUCUUUCGCACGGCCUAUGUCGCGCUGGUAGAUGACGUUCUCGGUGUUUUGACCCAACCUAAUGUUCGAACCUUCAAAGGGAAGAUCACCCUCAUCGCGACCCAAGCAUUUGUUAUCUGCGCGAUCGGACUAGUGUUCGUUGCAUGGGCAAUGAGCCAUUCUGGCGAGAUAGAGAGCGCCUUAGCCGAAAUGAAUGCAGAGUUAGGUGACGUCAGCUUAAAGACUCCAUGA